UCAGAUGGUAAAUCAGGUUCAUUCUUCUUUUAUAGUAGUGAUCGUAAAUUUAUGGUCAAGACAAUUUCAAAGUCUGAAGUGGCAUGUUUGAAAAGAAUCUUACCAUUCUAUUACAAUCACAUGAUUUCGAAUCCAGAUUCUUUAAUUGUCAGAAUUUUGGGUUUCCAUGAAAUGGUAAUUGACAAUGAAAAGUUUAACUUUAUUGUAAUGGGAAGUAUUUUCCCACAAUCAAGAUCGAUUGACGAACUCUAUGAUUUGAAAGGAUCAACUCAUGGAAGAAAGAAUCCAAAUGGAUUUUGUAAGAAGGAUCUCGACUUGAUUGAGAAGGAAAGAAAAUUCAAAAUUGGAAAUGAAAACAAACUAUUGUACAUGAAAAUCAUUGAGAAGGAUGUUGAAUUUCUCUCAAAAUGUAAUUUAUUGGACUAUUCACUAUUGGUUGGAGUUUGCAAUGCUUCGAGAAAUAUCAAACAAGAUCAAGAAGUUGGAAUUAAUGUAAACUUGGUCGAAAGUUCUCCAAGAAAGAAUAGUGGAAGUCUUGCUGGUUCCAGAUUUUCCAGAAGAAACAAGUGUGUCUGUGGAAUUCCAAGUAUUGAUAUUGCAAGAGAAUUGCAAGACGAUGGAGAAGUGUACUAUAUUGGAAUAAUCGAUAUCUUGACAGAAUAUAAUAGAAAGAAGGAAGCUGAACACACUUUGAAGAGUAUCACAAACAAAUCGGAUACUAUUAGUGCCAUUCCUGCAAAGCCGUAUUCUGAAAGAUUUUUCAAAUUCAUGCAUCAAUGUUUC